AUGUCUACAACGCCGAUGACCACAACUGUAGUUGCUGGAAACCCACAAGUGAAUAUAACACCAACUGCAAAAACUCCAGUAGUUACAAAAACAUCAGCUAAAAAAAGGAAGCUACAUCAUUUUACAACAGCAAUUACAGAACUGCGUAAUAUUCAAAAUGAUUUAAAUAAAAUGGAUUCCACUGAAAUAAGUGAUAAUGAUGCUUUUGGCCAGUACGUUAUUGCAGCACUUAAUAAGUUGUCACCAAGGCAAGCUAUUUUGGCUCAAAGUGAUAUACAGUCUCUUUUGACCAAGUAUCGAUUAGCAGAACAGUCUGGGUCAAACAGUUUUCAUUCUACGUCACCACAAUCUUUUUAUACAACUGAUGAAGAUACAUCUACACAAUACAAUAUAGCAACUGAUCAAGAUACAUCUACACAAUACAAUAUAGCAACUGAUCAAGAUACAUCUACCCAAUACAGUUGGCUCUACUAUCUGCCAACACAGGCAACGAACAUGAUGAAGAUAACAGGGACAAUAUCAUCGCAAAAGCCUGGUCAUUAA